AUGCCUGUCACUCAUGAUCAUAAGCAGCGCAUUCAUGUUCAAUGGAAACCUUCACAACCUUAUCAUUUUAAACUCAAUACUGAUGGUUCUGUUAAUGAUCGUAAAUUUGCAGGAAUGGGGGGUGUCCUUCAAGAUGACAAUGGUCAGUUUGUGGCUGCUUAUGCCGAGCAUCUUCACCGAGCAACCAACAAUUUGGUAGAAGUUUGUGCAGUUCGUCAAGGACUCAUUUUGGCAAACAAAUUGGGAAUUCGACAUCUUGAAGUGGAGUGCGACUCUCAACUCGUUGUCCAUUGGUCCCAAGGUAUCUCCACCCCUCCUUGGCAUAUCAAGUGGCUAGUUAAGGACAUCCAAGAACUACAGUCUCUUUUUUGUACUUGUAUAAUUAUUCACAACUAUAGGGAGACUAAUCAUGUAGCUGAUUUUUUAGCCAAAUCUGUCGCUGGCAAUUUUUGUCUGGAGAGUGAAUAG